AUAGUUCAAUUACGGACGGCGGCCUUGCAGAAGCUCGUCACAUCUUAUUCUCCAGCCUAUCACGACUGUGAACAUGGCUGCUGCAAGCAAAACCGUCGUCCUUGUGACCGGAGCGAACUCUGGCAUUGGCUGGGAGACGGUCAAGGCGCUCCUCCGGUCGACACGGACAUACCACAUUCUUAUGGGCACCCGAUCUCUAGAAAAGGGCGAAGCAGCAUUGGAGGCGCUGAAGAAGGAUGUCGCUGAGACAAAUAGCACUGUGGAGCUGCUCCAGGUCGACGUCGCCAGCGACGACUCGAUAUCUGAUGCCUUCGACAAAGUCCAGGCCACCCACGGGCGUAUCGAUACGCUGGUGAACAACGCAGGCAUUGCGUUGGACGCGGCUUGUGUCUACGGCGACAUCAGCAUGCGUGAGGCCUGGAACAAGGCGUACGAUGUCAACGUGUCUGGGGCCAACAUUAUGACACACACGUUCGUGCCGCUGCUUCUCAAAUCCUCGGAUCCUCGACUGCUCUUUGUCACCAGCGGGCUGGCGAGCGUGGAGAGGAUGAGCGAGGCGCACUACCCCGUCCCGCCACCCAUCCCGGCCGGGUGGCCUAAAAAGGCUGCAGUGCUGCCGAGUGCUUACCGCGCCAGCAAGACGGCGCUGAACAUGAUGAUGCUCUCCUGGCACUGGGUGCUGAAGGAGGACGGGGUCAAGGUGUGGAGCGUCUCGCCAGGCUUUCUCGCCACCGGCCUGGGUGGCCAGAGAGCAAGUAUGGCCCGGCGGGGAGCCGGGCCUGCAUCGACUGGGGGAGAGCUGAUCACCACCUUGAUAGAGGGCGGCAAAGAUGCUGAUGUGGGCAAGGUUGUGGGCGGCGCAGGUAUCCUGCCUUUCUAGUGUCGUUCUGGGUGGCCUAUGAGCUACUUUCUGCUGUUAGCCUAUCCGAAGAACUCCCGUGUAGCUGCCAGCAGUUAGGGCCUUCUGUCGUCUGACUGUAUCGACAAUGCUGGCUGGAUUCCACAAGAUUCUGAACGCUGGCAACUGCAGGCUGGGGUUUGCAGGACCGUUGAUAGCAGAGAAGAUAAGUAAUGCACUGCG